AUGUUAAAAUUACAUUAACAAUUAAUUCAUUGUCCUAUUCAUAAGGAAAAGAUUAUUUCAUUUAAUAUUGAAAAACAUUGUCCUCUUAAUUAAAGAGUACUUUGUAAAAAAUGUUCAAAUGAUGGAUUUAAAUUAAACAUUGAAGAAGUUGAAACUUUACCAUAAAGACAUUAAAUUAAUGAAAAGCAUUUAUAAACAACAACUCAAUUCAUAUAACAUAUCAAUCAAUAAUAUAACACACUUAAACAAUAAAUCAUAGAUGAAUUAGAACAUUUUAAAAGAGAAUUAGAUAAUUUUAUACAUCCUAUAAUAAAUUAAAAAGAAAAAUUCGAUUAUUAUUUAGUACCUGAAUCGACAUUAUCAUUAAAGGAUUUAUAAGAAUUAGGAUAAUUAUUAGCAGAAAAUAUUGUUAUUGAAGAUGAUCAAUUUAUUCUUGAUUUUAAUAAAAUAGUUACUUCUAAUCACAAAUAAUAUAUCUAAUAAAAAUUCACAGAUUUAGAACUCUUAUUAUAAUUCUUUAGAAAUAUCAAUUGCAAUAAGUAAAUUGAACAUUUAAUACAAUAACGCAUAUAAUAAUAGUAAGAGCAUCAUCAUCAUCAUCAUAACAAAUAUUAAAAACACUCUCAUCAGGUUAUAUAAUCAAAUUAAAAUAUCUUAUCAUUUGGAAUGAAUCAUGAUGAAUCAAUAUUAAUUAUUGGUUUAUAAGAUAAAGGAGAAGGAAUUUAAGAUAAUCUAGUUGUUUAUUAGAAAGAUGAAAAAGGAAAUUGGGAAUUAAAUUAACAUUUAUAACAUCACAAUUCUUCUGUUCAUCACAUAUAUUAUAGUAAGAAAGAAGAUUGGUUCAUAUCAAUAAGUAUGGAUAGUAAUAUAAGAUUAUGGAAGAAGUAAUAGAAUAUAUGGAUUCAAAAUUAGAUAAAAUAAGAACACUUAAAUUAUAUUUGGAAUGUAACAACAAGUGAAUUAGAAAAUAUUAUAGUAACAUGUAGUGAGGAUUCUACAAUUAAAAUUUGGUUUAAGCAUGAUGAUUCAAUAAAAUGCAUAUAAACACUUAAUCGGCAUGUAGGACCAGUCUAUGCUAUAGUUUUAAAUAAUGACAAUACAGUAUUAUGUAGUGGAGGGGAAGAUAAAUAAUUGAUUUUAUGGAAAUAUUUAGAAUAAUAAUGGGAAGAGUUUUAAGUAAUUCCAGUUCAUUCAAAAUAAAUUAUGGCCAUUUAAUUUUAUGGUUUAAAGUAUAUAAUUGUUUAAUUUCAAAAUUGUAUAUAAUUUAUUGAUAGAAAAAAUGGGCAAUGUUUUGAAUAGAUUAAUCAUAAUGAAUAUGGAAUAUCAAACUUAUUGUAUUUUAAUGAAUAUUUGAUAAACUAUGAUUUUAAUGGUAAUUUAUUGAUUUGGAUAAAAAAAGAAGAUAAUAAUAAAUGGUUUAUUGUUUAAAAUUAGAUAUUUGUACACAAAAUUAAAUAUACUUAUAGAAAAGGAAAUGAAUUCUAUGUAAGUGAAGGAAAUAAGAUACAUAAGAUAUUAAUAUGA